AUGGGGGUCUCGCUUCGAGAUGACCGCUUCUCCAUCCUUAUCUGCCAUUUUCUGCUCGCCCUCCUUUCCCUGGCGGCUUUUGCCCACAUCCACUACCGUAUCCACGACCUGCAGGCGCAGUGUGAGACCGGCCUGCACGAAACUUCGAUCCAGCCGCCUGUGGCCAGAGCGAGACGUGCUGCGAUAGCUCCGAAUAAGACCGACAGUCCGCUGCAUCUAUGGCUGACAUCGUUGUCGAGGGUGAAGGUUGCACGACCAUUUCCGGUGAACGAACUGCUGGACAAAUGCCUGGAUUUGCACGAGUACUGCACGGACGAGGGGAACACCGAGAGGGGUCGUACCGGCGCUCCCGGACCUCCAGGACCGCAGGGGAGGCCCGGGCCGCCAGGGCCGGCCGGGCGAGCCGGACUGUCCGGAAUCCCAGGUCACCAGGGCCCAAUCGGGCCGCCCGGGUACCCGGGUCGAGACGCCGAAUGCAGGGACUGUCCUCUGGAUAGAUCGUUGCUGAUGGAGAGCACACUGCAAUGUCCUACGUUCACGAAUAUGGACUGCCCGGUGCCGUCGUCCGAACCGGAGCCCACAAUACCGAAGGGUCUCACCCGGCUGCUCCCGCUGGCCGUGCAGAGGCUUUUAUCAAACACGUCAGUGGAAUUGGAGGGAUGUCUGAAGGUUUGCAUGAAUGCCACCGACACCGACUACGAUAUGAUGGACGUCGAGCCGACCGAAAUUGCGUAUAUUCAUGGAGCAACGGCACACUGCAAACUACAAGCCGUCGGCAAAUCGGUGUUCCACUCCCAUUCGAGCACCUACUACGGUAAUUGGAUGCGAGACGCGUACCCGCGGACCGGCGAUGACAUGAUGAAGCGCUUCCUGGUCAACCACUUCCAAGGCGACGAGAUCGUCGAGUACCCCAGCGAGGCCGAGAUGAGGAGGGAGAGACCGAAGCGGAUCCAUCGACUUCCUCAUGUCUACGAUGGGACGAAUCAUGUCAUGUUUAAUGGGUCGUUCUACUAUCAUCGAGCUGGGACUCCCAAGAUUGGCAAGUACGAGUUGUCCACGCAACGCUACGACGAGCUGGAGAUCGAGGGAGCAGCUUUUAGAGGGGACAACUACCUCUUCAACGCCUCACUGGCCUAUUUCGACUUGGCAAUCGAUGAGAAUGCCCUGUGGGUGAUGUACCACUUUGAGCACGAGCCAUUUUUGUCGGUGGAUAAGGUCGACAUCAACAAUCUGACGGUGUACGAGACGCACAACUUGACGCUGGUCAACCACACGGCGCUCGCCAAUGGAUUCGUUGUCUGCGGGGUGCUGUAUUUGGUGGACAGCUCCUGGGAGCAGGCGUCCCAUAUUUCGACCGCGUACGAUUUUUAUCGGCUUCAGUACUCUACGCCGAAUAUUAAAUGGGUUAACCUCUACGGCAACGCGAACAUGAUCAGCUACAACCCGUACGACAAGCGCCUCUACACGUACGACCACGGCUAUCUGCUAACCAUGCCCGCCCAUCUACGGUGGCUGUCCAGA